GACAUGCCGUCAACGUCUCUUUGGCGACAGGCGGAGCGAUCGGCGAGAUUUGGUCAGAUAUGGGUCUGCUGCGUCUGCACGGGGAAUCCUGCACUGGUGGGCUGGAGAUCGAGUUCGAAGUGACUUCACCGAGCCCCGCGCAAAGACUUGGUUGAGAGUCUUGUUUCCCUUAGCCAGACUCAAGUGGCUCUUCUUUUUCUCUUCCCUUCAAUUCCGAUCUUAUACCCACUAUUGCUCGCCCACUCGAACGAAGCUCUGUAAUGGCCGAGUGAAAUAAACGACUUGUGCAUCUCACGUCACUUGACCGCUUCCCGCAAUAACACUAUAGCUGCUCAAGCCUAGACCACCAUUUCCUCGAACUCGAACUCGGACCCCUCGACCGCCUCGAAAACAAAGAGUUGGCAUUGUUCAACUCGAUCUACACACGACAAGGAAUACAAGCCCAUAGGCCAUGGCGACUGCAGCAAUGCAUCACAUCAUGCCCAAGCUGCACAUCGGCAGCAGCAGAGACAAGGACGGCCGCAAGGAAAGCCGAUCAGAAGCCUCGGCCAACAAUCGCGCCCGCGAAGAGGAAAAGAGCAGACUCCUUGCUUGGGAAGCACACAAGCAGCCGCUGGAAUAUGAGCAGAUCCUGGUCGAGCCCAACUCGAAGCCUGUUGGUCACAGCUCGAAGGUCUUACGGCGCGAAGACUUUGACCUUGUCAAGACUCUCGGCACUGGCACAUUUGCAAGAGUAUGGCUUGCGAAUCUCGUCACACAGAAGAAAGAAGAUGCCGACAAAGUCUUCGCUCUCAAGAUUUUGCGCAAGACCGAUGUCAUUCGUCUGAAGCAGGUCGAGCAUGUCCGCAACGAACGCAACGUCCUAGCCUCUGUAGCAGGCCACCCCUUCAUCACGACAAUGGUGGCCAGCUUCCAAGACCAAGACACCCUAUACAUGCUGUUGGAAUAUUGCCCUGGUGGUGAGGUUUUUAGCUAUUUGCGCCGCGCCCGCCGUUUCAACGAAUCCACGUCACAGUUCUACGCCGCCGAAAUCGUCCUGAUCCUCGAGUUCCUACACGACCACCAGGGUGUCGCAUACCGCGAUCUCAAGCCGGAGAACAUACUUAUCGAUGCAGAAGGUCAUCUUAAGCUCGUCGAUUUUGGUUUCGCGAAGAAGGUCGAGAACAGAGAGACAUACACGUUGUGCGGUACGCCAGAAUAUCUUGCGCCAGAAGUCAUCCGAAACACCGGACAUGGUCUAGCUGUCGAUUGGUGGGCAUUGGGCAUCCUAAUUUACGAGUUCCUGGUCGGCCAACCGCCGUUCUGGGACCAAAACCCUAUGAAAAUCUACGAACAAAUUGUCGAAGGCAAACUCCGCUUCCCAUCCGCCAUGUCCGCAGACGCUCGCGACCUAAUUUCACAGCUCUGCGCCGUCGACGUAUCAAAACGCUUGGGCAACAUCAAGGGUGGCGCUUCAGCCAUCAAGGCACAUCCUUGGUUCAAGGACAUCGACUGGGACGCCAUGUACCACCGCAAGAUGCAAGGACCCAUCGUACCACAUCUACGCGGACCUGCCGACACGCGAAACUUCGAUGAAUACGACCCAGAACCCCUACACAAAGAUCAAUACACGAAAGACAUGAAGGAGAAGUACGAGAGCGCAUUCAAGGAUUUCUAAGAGAGUCUUUGACAUUUCGAGGUGGAGAAAGGGUUGAAGCCUGUUAUUGCGAUUCUCAUUGGCUCCUCUUUCCAUUCUUCCUUUUUCACGACUCUGCGUUUGCUCUGCGCUUGUUUUUUCCUUCUACUUAUUGGAUAAUUACUAUUCUUUUUUCUGCUUGCUCCAGAGCGAAGGGACAGCGAAGAUAUGUAUUCAUGACUAUUUUACCAUUUACAUCUCAUACACUUCGAAAGGGGAACGACCAGAGGAGCCAUGCUGGUUGGAUAUUUGGUUGACCGAGCUCUUCGAGUGCAGUUGGUAUUGUUUAUCAAGGUCAGAACGCUAGAACCACGACUGUAAAAG